AUGCUGUGGCUGCUGCUGCUGCAGGUAUUUGCCAGCUGCCUCUGGCUGGGACACAGUGAGGUGGUGACAUCCUUUGCAAGUUGUUCUCAGUUUUUCCAUGCGGGGACCCCACCGAAUAAUGUCCUGGAGCCGCAGAACCCAGCCUGGAUCUGUCAGCGCUACAGCAAUGCCUAUCACUUUGCCACCCUCUACAACAAAGACAAGAGAAUUCCAGCCUACUCUGCUUAUAUCUACCAGCCCGGACCUGGUGCCAGAUCUAAAUCGUGGUUUGUUGAGCCUCAGCUGAUCAACCCAACUUAUCCCAAGAAUAUGGAUACAGAGUAUUCCCUUCAAAAGAAAUACAAGAUCACUCCACAGCAAAUUGGCCAGAGUCAGGCUAUCAACCAAGACUACAACAACCUCAAGGACUUGAACCGUGGUCACUUGAGCCCCAGCUGCCACCGAAAUGGAAACAACAGCAAGUGGUCUACCUUCACCCUCACCAACAUAGUGCCCCAGAACAGCACACUUAACCAGGGUACCUGGAAUGACUAUGAGACCACGACAAUGGCCCUCCAGACCCAGGGCUGUAAUAUCACUUAUGUCAUUGUGGGUGCUGUGCCUGGGAACACCUACAUCUCCAGUCGCAGGGUUAAUGUACCCAGCCACAUCUGGUCAGCUGCCUGCUGCCAGACCAACACCGGCAUGAAGACUUGGGCAGUCAUUGCUGAAAACAACAGAGACCAGGUCCAGAACCUCACACUGGCCGAGCUGGAGACCAGCUUGACCCAGCUCUAUGGGAAGGGAAAGGUCUCUCUGUUCGACAGUGCCUGUCCCCGCUAA